AUGGCCAUCAGGAUAAAGAAUUCAGAGUUCAAAGACCUCCUUGUAUUGGUUGUUUUGCAGGAGUCCUCGUCUUCUUCUCCAAACCCUUUGCGGCUCUGCCCCCUCUCCUUUGGCGAAGGAGUGGCCUUUGAUCCGUUGCCACCCAAGGAUGUAAGAUAUACGUCCUCGGUUAAGUAUGACUCUGAAAAACACUUCAUUAAUAAUAUUUACAUGCCAGUCCGGCUUGGGGUGUCGUCUUGCAGCCAAACCAUCAUCUGUGUUCCCGACAGCACGUGGCGCAGUUACAAAGCGGAGGUGCAAUUCCACCUUUGCAACCGACCCGGGAAUUUCAAAAGCACCACCAUUGUGUACCCAAAGCACACCAAGACUGUGUACACCACCACCCUGGAUUACAAUUGCAAAAAGUUCAACCGGAAAUUCUUGUCUAGCGUGGAGUUGGAAUCGUCUGGCAAUGAGAACGUCCCGGAAAGCUCCUGACUUCCAUUUCUCUCUUGCUGAAAUUCAGGCGGCUUCUACACACCGCCAUCUUUUUUCACGCUCAAAACUAAAAAAAAUAGCAUCGGAGGGAUUUGUUGCACCAAAUAUGGGUUCAACAGGCAACAGGAACGAGGAAAGGAGAGCAUCAUUCAACGGGUGCUUUGCUUCCUGCUACUUGUUACAAGCCACGGAGUUAAGAAAAUAAUAAUCCUCUAAUCUCUGAUUGCUCCAAAAAAUGAAAUUAAAACAAACAAACAAACACAAAUUUCCCUCCCUUUAUCCAUGUUCUUAUUUCUCAUCUUGUUGAAUUCAAUGGGAGAAAAAAAAAAUCUGGAUGGUUGAUUGGACGCAACUGCAAAGCCGUCAAGCCGCCAUUCCUAUGAAAGGAUCUGCGAAGUUAGCCGAAGGCCAAGAAGGGUAGGAAGAAAGAACGUUUCCUUGGAUGGAAAUAUGGGAGAAGAGAGAAAUGGCAUUUCAGAGUCUUUGGAAGAGAAAGCACUACUUUUAUGUAGAUUUUCAAAUACAUCUCGAAUAACGCCAGAAAUAAAUCAGCUACCACCCACCACUGAUGUGGUGGAAUUG